AUGGUUGCUCUCCCCACUCAGAACGGAGCGUCGACCCCUCAGGAUCGCCGCUUCGGAACUUUGGCCGUCCACGCCGGUGCUCCUCAUGAUCCUACCACCGGCGCUGUCAUUGCUCCUAUCUCCCUCUCCACCACCUUUGCGCAAACCAGCGUCGGCAACCCCGUCGGUCUCUACGAAUACACCCGCAGCUCGAACCCCAACCGUGACAACUUCGAGCAGGCCAUUGCCGCUCUUGAACACGCCAAAUAUGCCCUUGCCUUCUCCUCUGGCUCCGCAACCACCGCCGUCAUCCUUCAGUCUCUCGCCGCGGGCUCUCACAUCGUCUCCGUCUCCGAUGUCUAUGGUGGAACCCACCGGUACUUCACCAAGGUUGCCUCCGCCCAUGGUGUCCAGGUGACUUUCUCGCCUUGCAUCGAACUCGACGUCGAGGAGCUCAUCCGCCCCAACGAGACCAAGCUGGUCUGGAUCGAAACCCCCUCCAACCCCACCCUCGGCCUGGUCGAUAUCGAGAAGAUCGCUGCCGUGGCCCACAAGUACGGUAUCCUGGUUGUCGUCGAUAACACCUUCCUGAGCCCCUACGUUCAGAACCCUCUGGACCACGGUGCCGAUAUCGUCGUCCACUCCGUCACUAAGUACAUCAACGGUCACUCUGAUGUCCUGAUGGGUGUUGCCGCCUUCAACUCCGACAGCCUGCAGGAGCGCCUUUCUUUCCUCCAGAACGCCAUCGGCGCCGUCCCCUCCCCCUUCGACUGCUGGCUCGCCCACCGUGGUCUUAAGACCCUCCACCUGCGUGCGCGCGAGGCCACCACCAACGCCACCGCCGUUGCCAAGGCCCUCGAGGCUUCCCCCAACGUCAUCGCCGUCAACUACCCCGGCAUUGACUCUCACCCCAACCGCGCCAUUGCCGUCAAGCAGCACCGCAACGGCAUGGGCGGUGGUAUGCUGAGCUUCCGUAUCAAGGGCGGUCAGGAAGCCGCUCACCUCUUCUGCAAGUACACUAAGAUCUUCACUCUGGCUGAGAGUCUGGGUGGUGUCGAGUCUCUCUGCGAGGUGCCUUCCAGCAUGACCCACGCCGGUAUCCCCAAGGACCAGCGCGAGGCUGCUGGUGUCUUCGAUGACCUUGUCCGUAUGUCCUGCGGUGUUGAGGAUUCCGAGGACCUCUUGGCCGACGCCCUUCAGGCUCUUGAGAAGGCUGUGGCUGCGACUCAGGUCGAGAAUGGAUCUGCUUAG